UUCAUCCACACAUUACUUCACAUCUGUUGUCCUGGUUAUAUAAAGACGUAACACGACGUGAGCACUGGCGGUUAAUUUGGCGGCAUCGUUGCCCUCAAUGGAAAUUCCGGUCCAAAUAACAGGGAGUUUGAAGUCCCCAACCUGCCAACCAGCAGCGCGUGUGAUGUGAUUAUGACAACAAGAACCGCAGACGUCCUCCGGCAGGCGACACGAGCAGCAGGCAUGGACUUCAACGGCACCUGGCAGGUUUAUCAGGAGGAAAACCUGGAGGAUUUCUUAAAAGUAGUAGGUGCUCCUGAAAUGAUUGUGAAAAUGAGAAAGGACGUCAAGCCGGUGAUAGUGAUCGAGCAGAACGGCAAAGACUUCAAGUUGACGAUAAAGACUCCCAUCGCCACCAAAUCCAACUCCUUCACCAUCGGGAAGGAGUCUGAGAUGACUGCUGUGGAUGGAAGGAAGUUUAAGUGCACCGUCAGAGAGGAGGAUGGGAAGCUGAUUUCUGAGACUGCAAAGUUCACCUCAGUCAGAGAGAUCCAAGGGGAGGAAAUGGUCGAGACCAUCACUGCCGGCUCUGUAACCUUCAUCUGCAGAAGCAAACGAGUCUGAUCAACACACGGCAGCUCGUGGAUCCCUCCUACACCUUCUCAGGUUUAAGCAGCAUUCCUCUGGAAAUAAAAC